UCUCGAAUCUCGAUUAUAUUAGUAAUAGCAAAAAAGGUUAAGGUUACUUGCACGAAGAGAGUUAACUCACAUACCGCGUGAUGAAUGUUAUGAGCACGCGGGUCAUAUCCCGGAUCAGACCGCUUGUACUUGCGAGAGAUGUGUCGGUAAGUUGCUGCAGGCGGAAAGAUGAUUUUCAAGAUUUGAUUCAUCCAGAAGGUCGGGAACCUGGCAUUCCACGUUACGCGGAACGCGACGGAGAGAAUACAAAUCUCAAAAGAGCACGAUUGACGUAUCAAUCUCGUAAACGUGGGAUGUUGGAGAAUGGUCUGCUUCUUAGCACCUUUGCACACAAGUAUUUGAAUGCGUUCGAUGACACGCAAUUAAGACUAUAUGAUCGACUUAUAAAUUUACCAUCCAACGACUGGGAUAUAUUCUAUUGGGCGACUGGUGUUAAACCGACUCCACCUGAAUUUGACAAUCAAGUGAUGGACUUACUGAAAAAACAUGUUCAGAAUGAAGAUCGACAAACCAGGAUAAUGCAACCAGAUCUAUAAAUCUAU